AUGGCGGAGGUGGCUAAGCUCUGGAUGCCGAUUACCUCUUGGGGGUAUUAUUUGUUCCUCUGGGGGUUUCACACCUUAUCCCACUGCCGUCGGGGCUUCACGCCGGUCCCACUGCAGUUGGGGCUUCACGCCGGUCGUACUGUGUGUCGGAUCUCCCUGUCCACCACUGGGUGUGGACCAAGAGUUGAUAUCGCGGAUCACUCGGUGAUACGCGAAAGAAGACACAGCAUUUCCAACCAAAUGUCAAACUUUAUUGGCGAUAAUUUUGAAAAAUUGCAAACCAUAGGGAGGGGUGGGUUCGGAGAGGUAUAUUUAUAUCACGUAAGGCAUAAAAUAGAGCAUGAAAUAUACGCGAUUAAUAUGGUCAAGUUGAAUGACACUAAUGACAAUUGCAAGCGACAAAAAAUACUGAAAGAGGUCCAGAAUUUAAAAACACUUCUUUCGGAAUAUGUGGUCAAUUACCACAACUCAUGGCUGGAGGCGAAUCAUUUGUUCAUUCAAAUGGAUUAUUAUAAGCAAAAUCUACAGACAAUUAUCGCUAAUAAGCACAUUGUGUUUGGGAGACAACCGGAAGAGCCGAUGAAAGUAUACGAGUAUUUCAUUUCUUGCGAAAUAUUUAAAGAACUGUUAGAAUGUGUGAAAUAUUUGCACGACUCGUGUUCACCGGUUAUCCAUCGGGACCUCAAACCGUCAAAUGUUUUGAUUUCACAAAAUAGUAAAAAUUCUCGUUUUGUAAAACUCUGUGACUUCGGUUCCGCCACUUUCCACGACAAGACUUCUAUGAGUCACUAUAAAAAUGUCGGGACUUCACGAUAUAUAGCACAAGAAGUAAAUAACUCGAGAUAUACUAUUAAGGUUGACAUCUAUAGCCUGGGAAUCAUUGCGUUUGAUUUAUUUAAUAUUAAGGCGUAA